CCCUGCAUCCUUGGGCCGCGCGACGCCGCGCAACGCCCAUCGGGAGCCGGCCGGAGAGGCCAAGAUGUCGCUGCUCAAAAAAAGAAAGCUUGAGUCGGGGGGCGGCUGCGAAGGAGGGGAGGGAACUGGAGAGGAAGAUGGCGGAGAGCGGGAGGCGGUCCCGUCGCGACCCCGGAGAACUAAGCGGGAGCGGGACCAGCUGUACUAUGAGUGCUAUUCGGACGUAUCAGUGCACGAGGAAAUGAUCGCUGACCGCGUCCGCACCGAUGCAUAUCGACUGGGCAUCCUGCGGAACUGGUCAGGGCUGCGAGGUAAAACGGUGCUGGACGUGGGUGCGGGCACUGGCAUUCUGAGCAUCUUCUGUGCCCAGGCCGGGGCCCGGCGCGUGUACGCAGUGGAGGCCAGCGCCAUCUGGCAACAGGCCCGGGAGGUGGUGCGGCUCAACGGGCUGGAGGACCGAGUGUACGUCCUGCCGGGGCCGGUGGAGACAGUGGAGUUGCCAGAACAGGUGGAUGCCAUCGUGAGCGAGUGGAUGGGCUACGGACUACUGCACGAGUCAAUGCUGAGCUCCGUGCUCCAUGCGCGGAGCAAGUGGCUGAAGGAGGGCGGCCUUCUCCUGCCCGCUUCCGCCGAGCUUUUCGUGGCACCCAUCAGCGACCAGAUGCUGGACUGGCGCCUGGGCUUCUGGAGCCAAGUGAAGCAGCACUACGGCGUGGACAUGAGCUGCCUCGAGAGCUUCGCCACGCGCUGCCUCAUGGGCCACUCGGAGAUCGUGGUGCAGGGCCUGUCGGGUGAAGACGUGUUGGCCCGGCCGCAGCGCUUUGCUCAGCUGGAACUGGCCCGUGCGGGGCUGGAGCAGGAGCUGGAGGCCGGGGUGGGUGGGCGCUUCCGCUGCAGCUGCUACGGCUCGGCGCCUAUGCACGGCUUCGCCAUCUGGUUCCAGGUGACAUUCCCCGGAGGGGAUUCGGAGAAACCCCUAGUGCUGUCCACCUCACCAUUUCACCCGGCAACUCACUGGAAGCAGGCGCUCCUGUACCUGAACGAGCCGGUGCAAGUGGAGCAAGACACGGACAUUUCCGGAGAGAUCACGCUGCUGCCCUCCCGGGACAACCCCCGCCGCCUGCGCGUGCUGCUGCGCUACAAAGUGGGGGACCAGGAGGAAAAGACCAAAGACUUUGCCAUGGAGGACUGAGUCCUGCCUUUUCUCCCAGCUAUCUCCAAGGCGGCCUGACUGGUGUGGGAGAGGCGGGAAAGGAGUAGGGGGGUCCAAGGAGAAAGGGAGAUCACACGUGCAAGUAGGGGGCAAUAUCUGUCUUCUUUGCUCUCAUGCCUCCUGGGGAGGGCGAGUGAUUUCAGUCUCUUUUUGAAGAGAUUCUGCUGGCAAUUUUUAUUUUAAAAGUGAUGAUUCCCCACAGCAAUGGCUGCAGCGUGGUUAUUAAUGGGCUUUUAAGCCUUAAACGCUUGUGGUACCGAGCACUUUUUUUUUUUUUUUUUUUUUUCAUAGGGGGGCGGGAACUUAGGGAAGAAUGAUGUUUUGUGAGGAGCCCAUUCAUUCAAGUCUCUGACACCUUUCACACUUUAUCUAAAUAUAAAACCAGGGAGA